UAAUCCUGUCUGCCUCUAUAAAUACGGGCUUUUGGCUUUCCAUUUUCCUUCAUCGCCAACGCUCCUUCGCUUACAAAUUGAAAAAAAAUAACGCACGUUCAGGAAGAGAACUGCUAGAUUUUGCAUGCUUUAAUGGCUACCAAAGUCUAUAUUGUGUACUAUUCCAUGUAUGGACAUGUAGAGAAACUGGCAGAAGAGAUCAAGAAGGGGGCAGCAUCUGUUGAAGGUGUCGAAGCCAAAUUAUGGCAGGUUCCUGAGACCCUGCCAGAGGAGGUGCUUGGAAAGAUGAGUGCACCCCCAAAGAGUGACGUGCCAAUCCUUUCGCCCAAUGAACUUGCUGAGGCUGAUGGGUUUGUUUUUGGCUUCCCAACAAGAUUUGGAAUGAUGGCUGCCCAAUUUAAAGCAUUUUUGGAUGCAACUGGUGGCUUAUGGAGAACACAGCAACUAGCAAGCAAACCUGCUGGAAUCUUCUAUAGCACUGGUUCUCAAGGUGGUGGACAAGAGACUACAGCGUUGACUGCAAUUACUCAGCUUGUUCACCAUGGAAUGAUAUUUGUUCCCAUUGGUUAUACAUUCGGUGCUGGCAUGUUUGAAAUGGAGAAAGUGAAAGGCGGAAGUCCUUAUGGUGCUGGAACUUAUGCUGGGGAUGGUUCAAGACAGCCCUCUGACCUGGAGUUGGAGCAGGCUUUUCACCAGGGCAAGUACAUUGCUACCAUCACAAAGAAGCUCAAGGGAUCUGCUUAAUUUCAUUUCAUACAGAAGUACAGUUCAGUCUAUAUUUUUCUACCCUAUAGAUUUUGUGUUUGUGAAGAAUAAUUAUUGCUUUCCUGGUUAUAUGUUUUGUAUGUGUGUUACAUAAUAAUGGUUUCUCUCAAAUGAUAAAAGGCUAUUUACUUCAUCUGUACCAUCUUCUCCACUUUGAUGGAUCAUAAGAUACUACUCUUCAUUUUCACUA